ACUGUAUGCUCGAUCGCCGAAAGGAGCUGUCACCUGGAUUUUCCUGUAGGGACGUACAUGUACAUUGUAGGCAGAAGCUCGAAGCGCUGGGGCGGCCUUGCAACUAAGGACGUCGACACUGUCGCCAUCUUCGCUACAUCCAUCCGUGGCUAUCGAGACUUGAUGUAGGCGGCCACCGCUCGUGGAUCAGCCACAAUUGUUGAUUACCAUACCUGUUUGCAGCGAUCAAUUACCGGUAGCCGGAUGGCCAGCGUUACUGGAGACUCGAUCAAUUAGCCGGAUGGCCAGCGUUACUGGAG